GGUUACUUCUGGUUUCAAACAACCAAGAUGUGAAACUGAUGCUUCAGAGCAGCAGCUGACGUCUGAUCUGUGGGCGUGUCAGUAAAUAAUCUGCACAUCUGUCUGACCCACUUUGUUGAUCCACACACACACACACACACACACACACACACACACACAAUAGACUUAUUAGACUUAACCGAUGGGGGGCGCUGUGGGGCUGCCGAGGAGCCGCUGAGCCAGCGGGGAGUCCUGAGGAGGAGGAGGAGGAGGAGGAGUAACCGGACACCGACUCACAGAGCGGCCCCCGGCCGGUCAGAGAGCAGCGGUGUCCGGCGGCAGCAGCACGGAGCAGCGGGGCGACGAGCGGAGCCACACCGAGCACCGACAGCUGAGGAGCGGCCGAAGCUCCGGUCCUCUCCCCGGACUUCAACAGCUGCUACCGGCUUCCCUUCUCCGCCUCCUCCCGCUCAACUGUGGAGGAAUAACGGAGUUACCGAGAAGUGAAGUCCCGACACCGGCAGCAUGAAGAAGAACUGCUCCGGAAAACGGGGUCCGCAGGACUCUGCUUUGCAGAACCUUCAGCCCGAUAAAGUGGGCUGGAUCCGAAAGUUCUGUGGGAGAGGGAUCUUCAGAGAGAUCUGGAAGAACCGGUUCGUGGUCGUGCGAGGAGAUCAGCUGUUCAUCUGUGAGAAGGAGGUGAAGGAGCCGGGUCGGGCUGACGAGCUGUUUGAUCUUUCUGAUUACGAACGCUGUGAAGAAAUACGCAAGAACAAGAGUCGCAGCAAAAAGAGUCACAGCAAGUUCAGACUGCAGCGCUGCAGCUCGCCAGGCAACACGGCUCCGAACCUGAUCUUCCUGGCCGUCAGUCCUGAGGAGAAAGAAUCCUGGAUUAACGUCCUGAGCAUUUCCAUCACCAGAGCAAAGAACAGGAUCCUGGACGAGGUAACCGUCGACGAUUUGCAGCUUUCUCAUCUGACCCGAGAUCGAGUGAAGAUUCCUCACAAUCGCAGACUGCCGACCAGAGGCCACCUGCUGGCCGUGGCCUCCACGUCAUUGUCGGAUGGGACUUUGACUCUGGACCUGAUUCAGGAGGAACACGCUCCGUCAAAGGGAGCAGUCGUCUGCGAUGCGCUCAGGGUCAACCUGGACACAUGUCUCCUUAGUCCAGACUGUCCCAGGUCCAAAACUGAGGCCACACUUUCUACCAGGGCCGCUGAGGCUUCUGGGAAAUCCCACAGCCUUCCACGUGAGGUGGCAGUGGUGUGGGAGCAAACCCCUCAGCCAGCAAAGCGCCUGACGACGACAGAGAAAAAUCGCUGCGUCUCCAUGGACGAGAUUCUUUCACAUUCAGAGACUACAGUUACAAACAAAAAGACUGCGACCAGGUCAACAUCGACCGCCACCGUGACGCUGAUCAACCAGCUGCAGGAGCUGAUCGGCCAGAAGCUGCAGAAGACGGAGCAGCUGCUGACAGAAGUGCGGUGGGAGUUGAAGGGGGAGGAGCCGGCCGAAGCUGAGAAACUCCUAAAGGAGGCAGCGACUGCCUGGCGUCAGGCCCGCGAAGUUCUGGAGGAGGUCAAGGAGCUGAGGGCAUUGUAUCGAGAACUGGACUCGUCUUCUCCCGUCAGUAAGAAACCAAACCCAGACGUCAGAACCUGAUGUGAUUCAGUCUGGUUCAAACCGGUUCAGUCUGGACCAGAUAAAUUCAGGGUCAGGAGGAGACAGUUCAGUGUCCAGUGAUGUGAAACGUUCUCAGAAGAACAAGGAGCAGAAAUCCAGCUGAGGUCACGAUUCCGUCCUCAGCUACAAAAUGUCAGAACCCACCUGAGGAACCUUCACUUACCUGACCUCUCUGAUCAGACUGAAGGAAAAUGUGCCAACACAAUUUAGACCCAAUGAAAAACCUCAGAUUCUAUGUCUCCUUCAUUUCUGCUCAGACGACGUGAAGAGGAUGAAGUUUUAUGCAGCUGGACACAAAACUGGAGAACAGACGGUACGAAUGCAGAAUUCCAUUUCCUCAAAAUGUGACGAAGUCUCCAUCACAUGGAGAAGGUUCGGACUUUUAACUGGACGACGAUCUAAAACAGAUAAUAGUCGUAACAUGAAGUUACAGGUUCAACAUGAAGGAGUUACAUACAUUAUAUUUAGAGACAUCUAGUGGUGAAGUUGCAUAUUACAAUCAACUAAACCCUGAGGAGACAAGAACUGGGAGGAGCAGCAGAACAUGACGUGUACAUUCUGUUAGUUUUCACAUUGUAAUUUAGGGAGCGCACUAAAGAAUUUAGUCUGACUUACGUACGUCACAACAUCUCAGAUUCACUUUAAGUGAGACAUAACACGGUCUCUGGAUCUCCCAGGUUUUUUUGGUCCUGGUUUGUUUCGGGUUUCAGUUAAAGAUCAAAUGAAUUUGUCCUUAAAUACAAAAACUUUAUUUACAGACACUGACAGAAACAAAUCACAUGAGGUCAAGAUGAAUUAAUUAAUUUAUGUUCUGAGGCAAAGUCAGUCAAAUCUCUUUAAGGGUAAAAACUUGCUGAGUCAUCACUCAUUUUAUGUUUCUCACGUCUGAUCUGUUUUUUUCUGACAUGAUUUUGAAAUGAUGAUCAGAGUCUCGAUGGUGAAACUUAGAUUUUAUUCUAUCAGAAUAAAGUAAAUUUGUAAAAUGGAAACUUUGACUUGAAUAAAUCAACAGUUUGAUCCGUAAA